AUGAGCAGUAAGAAUAUUCCUGAGAGGGUUUUCGAGCUUUUAAGCCUUGGUGAUAAUUUCGGUUUACCGUUGCAUCAAUCUCAUAAAAAGGACCGUAUUAAUAUUGUACUUGAGACUGUGAAAAAUUCAGAAACGAAUUACCGUCACAUUCCUUAUGAACUAAUCGAGACAACUAGAAUCUCAGUUGCAAAUUCUCUCGAGAGAUUCUUAUGUAGAAGUAAACAUAUUAACCUUUCAGACAGAUACAUUCUGAAGGGAUUCUCUCUCUGUAAGGAAUUUUUACGAAAUAACGAUGAUAUUUUUGUUACUAGAGCAGAUAAAGGUCAAGUUACAGUAGUUAUGGAUAAGAAAGAUUACUUGGAAAAAAUGGAAUCUAUAUUAAAUGACCAAUCUACGUACAAAAAAGUGAACAAAGACCCAAUCAGACAGUUAACUAACAAAAUAAAUUUACUUGUUAAAUCUUGGCACAAUAACGGUUUAAUAGAUGUGUCCACGUACAAAUAUUUAAACAUUACUAACGGCAAUUUGCCACGAUGUUACGGAUUGCCCAAGAUUCAUAAAACUGGUUUUCCAUUACGUAUUAUUGUAUCGUCACUGAACAGCCCGUUGUAUAAUGUAUCGAAGUUCAUUCAUGAUAUUUUACAUAAUUCUAAUUUGCAACCUAAAUCUCAUAUCAAGGAUGGCUGGUCUUUUGCUGCUGUUAUGAAGGAGAAGCUUAUUAAUGAUGACGAAAUAAUGAUCUCACUUGACGUUACUGCAUUAUUUACUAAUAUUCCCAAAGAGUUAGUUUUGCGCGCUAUCGAAAAACGUUGGAAUGACAUUGCUCCGAAUACGAAUUUUAACUUGCUUCAGUUUUUACAUGCAGUGGAAAUUGUUCUAAAUUCGACUAGUUUUUCUUUUAAUGGACAGUUUUAUGAGCAGAUCUUUGGCAGUCCUAUGGGAUCUCCUUUAUCACCUAUUUUGGCAGAUAUUGUGAUGGAUGAUUUGGAGACACAUUGUUUGAGUUCGUUAAGUUUUGCCGUGCCUGUUUAUUAUAGAUACGUGGAUGAUAUCUUUGCCAUCGUUCCACGUGCAAAAGUUGACGAGAUUGAGUUUGAGUGA